AUGCUUCAACAUCUGUCGAAAUACAAGAACCUCUUUGAAAGUGCUUUUGGUAUCGUUCCAAAUACUCCAGCUAUUACGAGCACUACCCUUUCUAUCAAGCUUCCGUUUUCUAUUUAUUUAUUUCUUUCUUUCUUUCUUUCUUUCUUUCUUUCUUUCUUUCUUUCUGUUUUCUUCUUCUUGCUGUUUUCUUUUUUUUUUACUGUUAUUUACAUCCAAUGCUUUCUGAUAUUUACUUUUCAUUUCUAUUGGCUUUUUAUUGCAACCUAUUUUCAUGCAUUCGUACACAUUUUUUUCUUUUACUUGUGCUUUUUCUUCUUUUGCAUCUUUUAUUACUUUCUCAAUCUCUCUAAAACCCUUUUCUCUCUCUCUCAUUCUCUCUCUCUCUCUCUCUCUCUCUCUCUCUCUCUCUCUCUCUCUCUCUCUCUCUCUCUCUCUCUCAAUGAACAAUACACUCUCUCUCUCUUUAUAAAGCUUGAUUUUCUCUCUCUCUCUCAAAUAAUUUCUCUCUCUAUGUAUUUUGUCUUUCUCUCUCUCUCUCUAUAA